AUGGUCUUUCAGGGCCGGCUGUGCCGUACCUGCAGCGGCUUCGGCUUCGACAAGGAUCACCCACCUUUUGGUAAGGACGUGCUCGCCGAACGUAACAUCUUCAAACCCAAGGCCAUACUCAAGCUCGGCCUUCUGGGCCAGGUGCGGGUGCGCGACUGCCCACUCUGCAGGCUCGUCACGUUUGCCACUCUCGAGAUCCAGCGGACCGAGAACUACUUGCUCGGCGACGGCCACGAGGUUGGGCUAUGGUGGCUCAACUAUCCGUCCCAGUGCGGCGUAUUUUCCGUCUGGCUUGCGUCGAGAGGCAUCUCCGCCGGAACGGUCCUGUCCUUUGUCAGGUCGAGAUCUGAGCCGGCCCAUACCAACCCGCACGGCCUUUACAUGCCGUUUUCGCAGUCGCAGAUAGACUUUGGGAAAGUGAGGAGUUGGCUAGCAGAGUGCGAAAAGACGCAUUCCUCUUGCCAUCCUUUUCUGCGACAUCGAGGAGCAGCGCUAGGGGACGUCUUCCCCGGGUUGAAAGUUCUGCGCUUGAUUGAUGUUCACCAGCACUGUCUCGUUGAGGUUUGCGAGUGUACUCGAUAUCGCCUGAUGCAACCCGACGCUAUUCGACAAGCCUGGGAUCUCAUACCCAAGACCAUCCAAGAUGCCAUCACAAUCACACAACUUGUCGGAGAGCGUUACUUGUGGGUGGAUUCCCUGUGUCUUGUGCAAAACGACCCGGAGGACCUACGGCAUGGCACAAGCGUCAUGGAUCUCAUAUAUGAGCAAUCCAUCCUUUGUAUCGUGGCGGCCGGCGGGAAAGAUGCCAACGCCGGUCUGCGGGGGGCUGGCCCCGGAAGCCGUGGAACGUCACAGGCAAUAGCUGAGAUAGAGCCAGGGCUUCGACUAGCUGUCUACACGGAUCCUUGCCAUCUCUUGCAAGAUACAGUAUACAAUUCGCGCGGUUGGACGAACAAGCUCUAUCACGCCGAUCACUUUGUUUCGUCAACGACCAAGUAUACUUUCGCUGCCCCGGCCGAGUAUACUCUGAGACAAUGACGCCCGUUUGAAUCCUUUUGCCCGCACUUGCCCUUUUCAACCUCCCAUACCGAACCCUCCAAACGCGGCCGGCAAGUUGGUGCUCACUUUACAGACUACGCGGUUCUGCACUUCUGGACUCUCUCGGCCUUUUUCCAGCUCACAAACGUUGAUGACCUCCGUAGCUCGGCGUGCCUGAGUACCCGCGACGGUGUGACUUGCGGCAAACUCUUCAUGGAUGGUUAUGACGAGGACGCCUUCUUUGUCGACCAGACAAUCUUUGAAGUCAUCCUACUCAGUGUCCCGAGUAGUCAGGGAUAUCGGACUCAUCAUAAGUAUGUGAGCGAAGAGGAAUCGGCUGGCUUGACUCAGGAGCUUUAA